CGUGGGGCCUCAGCGGCGGCGCCGCGCUGCUCCAUCGGCCAGUCACCAUGAGCGACUCGACACAGAGCAUCGCCGACUACCUGGCACAGCUGCUCAAAGACAAGAAACAGAUCGCCGCCUUCCCCAACGUCUUCCUCCACGUCGAGCGACUCCUCGACGAGGAAAUCGCAAAGGUGCGGAGUAACCUCUUCCAGAUAAAUGGAAUCAAGAAGGAGCCGCUGGUGCUGCCGGACGCGUCCGGUCCGUCGACCACCCUCACAGAAAAGGUCUAUGUGCCCGUCAAGGAGCAUCCAGACUUCAACUUCGUGGGCCGAAUCUUGGGCCCGAGGGGCAUGACGGCCAAACAGCUAGAGCAGGAGACUGGAUGCAAAAUUAUGGUCCGCGGACGGGGGUCCAUGCGAGAUAAGAAGAAGGAGGAGCAGAACCGCGGAAAACCCAACUGGGAACACCUGAACGACGAGCUGCACGUGCUCAUCACCGUCGAGGACACGGAGAACAGGGCCAAGCUCAAGUUGCAGCGGGCCGUCGACGAGGUCAAGAGACUGCUCAUCCCGCAGGCUGAUGGCGAGGACGAGUUGAAGAAGCGGCAGCUCAUGGAAUUGGCCAUCAUCAACGGCACAUACAGAGACUCGAGCAUCAAGUCGGCCACAGGAGGUAUGCUACCUGACGAAUCCUCUGAGAUGGCCAAUCGAUGUGCCAGGUCUUAUUGCAUAAUGUCCGAGGACGAGUGGCGGUGCCUGGCGCUGGUGGCGGCGGCCGAGUCGCAGCGGCUGAUGGCGCCUAAUGGCGGGAUGACGGCGCCAGCGCUGCGCACGCCGCCGACGCCCCUGGGGGCGCCGCUGAUCCUGUCGCCGCGCAUGCAGGUGCCCAACUCGGCGGCGGCCACGCACCUGCUGAAUGGCGGCCAGGGCGCGCCCCAGCCCCUCAUGUCGCCGGCCGACGGCCUCAUCUACACGCCGUACACCGAGUACGCCAACUACGCGGCCAGCCUCACCUCGCCCCUGCUCACCGAGUACACGGCCGAGCACGCAGCCGGUGCCGCGGCUAAGCAACGCAGACAUUUGGGUCAGUUGCGCGAGCAUCCCUAUCAAAGAGCAGGAGCAAUGUCUUGAGCUUUGUGUGCUUGUCUUUGAGGCUUUGAUGCCGCAGAACUGCUAACCAAGACCUUCUUAACAACUACUCCAACCCUGUGUUCAGAUAAUCGCACGGCUCUGCUACUAGCGCGGUCGACACCAGGUCUGGCUUCUCAUUCACCACCUCUAAUCCAAACAAAAAAAUUAUUAUCUCAGAGCAACGUCUUAAAAUUGCCUCCUGUCUGUAAAUACGAUUUGAUUUGUUUUCUUCCUCAUUGAUUUAUUGCAAGCAUAUAUUAUAUGGAACAAGAGAAGAAGUUUAUAUAUAUAUAUUUGAGAAAGCAAUUGUGUUGAAUAAAGAGCUGAGUGGCUUCGUCAGGGCGCAAGUGCAAUAAUUAAAUAGAGAAAAAAAAAUGUUGUUGAACCGAAGGUGCCUUCUCAAUCAAAGUAUUAAAAGCAAGUAUUUAGUUGCAAAGAACACUGGUGCUGCUGGCGCACUUUUUUACUAAUUGCGAGCCGGUACUUAACCCAGUGAGUGCCAAACCGUCCCGUGGGACUAGUCCUAAGUACUUACAGCCCCGCCUGCCUGCCUGUACAUAAUUGUUGGCCCGCCGGUGCUGCACUUUGGCCCCCCAUGUGCAUUUCAAAGUGAUUAUUUCACAGCUUUGUUUUUUUGUUUCUCUCGAGUCCAGAAAAGUCCCUCUAAAAAUAUGGGACUAAAAUUUGAUCUUGAUGUACAAAGCUGAGAGGUACUGACAUAGACUUCUGCUUAUAUUCUGUUUGUGCACAAAAAAAGCAAUAUUUAAAAGUUUUAUUUCACAAUAGUUGUGUAGCGAGCCAAUCAGCUUGAAUAUAUAUUAGUUAUUUUAUCUUUGGAGAGAAAAUCUCACGAUUUGUGUUGUUGCAAUAAUUGAUCAAUCUCACAUGUGAAUCUGUAAGUUUAAUUUACUCAAUAAGCAAAAUGUAAUUCAAGUUAAGCUAGUUAAGUUACAACGAAUCAAGUGCAAGCAUGGUGGCGUGGCCGGCGCUAUUUUGAUAUUUAAAUUAUACAAGAAAAACAAACUCACUCAAAAUGCAACCAAGAUAAUAAUUUAAAAAAAAGAUACGCGUUCAAAUCUCUAUUAAUCAACAAAUAAGAUUGAUUAAAUAAUUUUAAUUCUAUCAAUGUUGGCAAUAUUAAUUAAAACAAUAAUAUGGAAAUAUAUGAUUUAUUAUUAUAUUUUAGGAGUUAAUAUCUCUUGCUAAAUAAAUAAAGGCUUUAUCUUAAUUUUUACAAA